AUGCCUGACAUUGAAUCCACUUCGAAAUUUUUUGAAUUAGUUCACAUUGCUGAUUUGAUACAACAAAUGGUUGAAGUAUACUAUGACGAAGAAAUGAGCGAUAAACCAGAUUUCUAUAAUAUUUGUAUUAAGGAGAAGAAACCAUUUAAAAAGAAUUUUGAUGAAAGCGUAGCAACUGGUUUGAACAAAGGCAUUCAGGUCUUUAUUGAUCACGUGGAAUUUAUACUAAGCACAGAACAGAGAUCUAAAGAGCUUAAUCCUCCAAUAAACACGCCAUUAGAUUUAAAACAUACAAAG